AUGCGAGAUAUUGGUCGGCACAGAGACGUAAGCAACUGUGAGUCCGGAGACGUGCGAGACAGCAGGUGGGGUGCACGCCACGGUCAGAGGACGAACACGAGAAGAAAAAAAGGAGACAAGAGAAGAGAGGUGGGACUGGACGGACAACCAGCGGGGGAGCGGAACAUACAAGUGCGCGGUGGACACGCAGUCGCUCUUUGCGUUCGGGAAAAGGACGGCCGAGUUCUGCACAAGGAGGUGGUUUCGAGUGGUGUGAGCGGUGGAUCGAAAGAGGUCGAUCGAGAAGGGGAACAACAACAAGCUCAAGCAAGGCUCAAGGACGGCUACAAGGUGUCAAGAGACGACGUGGUGGUGAACAUGAGGGAGCCGGGAAACCUAGCGAUCGCGGCAGCAACGGUUACGCUGGCCAGCGCGCAGGUGGUAAACCCUACAAGAAUGUAUGCAGUGAAGAGGCUGCAGCUGACAAGCAUCAUGCGGAGAGCAGCCGAUGGCUGUACUCUCGUGACCAAGACGGCUACGACUCCUGUCGUCGAGGGGGAGCGUUGGAAGUGCAAGAUGUGCACGUACAUCGACUCCAGAGUAGUAUUCUAUGUUACGGCAUAUGGAAGGUUCUAG